GUCGCGGUAGCCGAGUGCCGCCUAUCGCGAUUGCCUCCAUGAUGGUUUUCUGUUUAGUUUGGAACUUCGUCGCUUCAACAACCGCCGUUUUUUUAACAGCUCUCUUACAUCCCGCCGUGCAAUGUGACCAAUUCCGUGUCGCACGCACCUGCGAAACUUGCAAUGGCGCCGGCUGCAAAGCGACGCAAACGGACCAUUGUCGACGACUCUGACGCCGAAGAAGACGAGAAGAAACAGACGAGUCAAAACAAUCAAAACACCCUGAAGCGCUUCCUCAUCGCGUCCCCCGUCGCGAACAAGUCCGCCAAGCCAGAUGAUGACGACCUCCUCGAAGUAAUACCGGAAUCUUCCAGUCCCGUUCGACCCGUUACGAGAACUACGCGCGCUUCAGCAAGAUCUCAACCUCCAGCUACAUCGUCUUCCACGCUCCAGAACCGACUGCCAAAAGCUGCCCCCAGAAGCCCAAGCGCAAGCCCGAUCAAGUCACGGACAAGGGCACAGAAGAAACUCAAAACAGAGGAAAAUGGGAGAAAUGGGGACCUCAAGGUUCUCUUCUCGAAGCAAGCAGAAAGGAGCCAACCGUCUGCGGCAUCGGGCGUGAGCAGCAAGGACCUCAGCGAUUUUCUGGAGGAUAUCAUAAGCGAGUCUGAUGACGACAUUGCUCUGUCCAAGACGGCAGCGUCCAGCUUUGUCGGACUGCAAGCUCACAGGCGCUUCAAAGACAACUCGCAAGGCACUUCCCAAGGGAGCUCGGUGUUCAGCACCCAGGCUAGUACGCUAAGCUCGACCACGGGUCAGCGAUUCUUGAAGCCAUCGAGGCCGGCCAGGCUAGCGGUUGCCCCAGCUGCACCAACCGAAGACGAUUCUCGACCGUGGUCCGAACGAUUUGCACCGACGAACCUCGAGGAGCUGGCGGUACAUAAGAGGAAGGUGGGAGAUGUGCGGAAAUGGUUGGAGGACGUUAUUGCUGGCCGGAUGAGGCAGCGCCUCCUAGUGCUGAAGGGUGCUGCUGGCACAGGCAAAACGACCACUCUGAAGCUCCUGGCCGAGGACAUGCAGUGCGAGGUUCUUGAAUGGAGAAAUCCAGCAAGUUCUUACGGUGCUCCUCAGGGAUGGCAAUCUGCGUCUUCGCAGUUCGAAGAGUUCUUGGGAAGAGGCGGGAAGUUUGGACAGCUGGACCUGGAAGGGGACUCACCUCCACCGGCACCGGCGCCCACCACUAACACAUCAAAGCAGGGCCGAAGGCUGAUCCUAAUUGAGGAAUUUCCAAACACUUUCAAGCGAUCAUCCACCGCCUUGACAAACUUCAGGAACACAAUCCUCGAGUUCUUGGCGGCUAAUACUCCAGCACUUACAACCUUUGCACAGGCGCCACCUGCAGACUCGAUCGUUCCAAUAGUAAUGGUAAUAUCCGAAACGCUGCUUACCACAACGUCUGCUUCCGCGGACAGCUUUACUGCACAUCGGUUACUAGGUCCCGAGAUUUUUCGACACCCCGGGACAGGUGCCAUCGAAUUCAACCCCAUUGCGCCCUCUCUCCUCGCUAAAGCUUUGGAGCUGGUUGUGAAGAAGGAGGCUCGAAGGUCGGGUCGCCGUAGGACCCCAGGACCACUGGUGCUCAAACGUCUUGGAGAAAUUGGAGACAUCCGAAAUGCAAUCGCAUCGCUAGAGUUCCUCUGUGUCAAGGGCGACGAUGACGCCGACUGGGGAUCCAAGAUUGCUUUUACGAAGACCAAAAAAGGAUCAAAGGAUGCAGCGCUGACCAAGGGUGAGCAAGAAAGCCUUGAGUUGAUAUCUCAGCGGGAGGCAACCCUGGGUAUCUUCCAUGCGGUUGGCAAAGUGGUAUACAACAAAAGGGCAGAGCAGCCGUUUCCCCCGGGGUCUGAAGAAGCAAAAGCAGAGACGCUGCCUAACUACAUGUCACAUCUGUCCAGGCCGAAGAAAUCCGAAGUUGCUGUUGACACGCUGAUUGACGAGCUCGGUACUGAUACCCAGACCUUCAUUGCGGCUUUACACGAAAACUACGCCCUGUCGUGCGAGAGCAGUCCCCUCGACCCUAAUUCUUCCCUAGACUACAUGAACGGAUGUCUCGAUUACCUGUCCGAAGCCGACCUUCUUUGUCCAUCCUGGGACAUCUUCUUUGGUGGAAAAGGAGCAUUCGCCGGUGGGAACUACGGCGGCAAGGAUGCAGGUAGCCAUAUACUCCGGCAGGACGAGAUGGCAUUCCAGGUCGCCGUUCGCGGCCUGCUGUUCUCCUUGCCGUCGCCCGUAAAACGGCAGACACACCCCACGUCGGGUCGUGGGGGAGGAGACGCGUUCAAAAUGUUCUACCCGGCUUACCUCAAGCUGUGGAGAGCCAAAGAAGAGCUGGAAGGUUGUGUGGACAUGUGGGCUACAAAGAUGCUCAAAGGCGAGGACGGCACGACGUUAUCGCAGAGCGGCACCGCGACGAUGAGUUUGACCAGCGGGGCAUUGGCGUUCCAGAGGCCAUCUUCGACAGCGAACCCGAACAAUAACAGCGUAACAAACUGGGCUACGACACAAAGGCCUCAACCAGCCAGGCAAGAACAGACCACCGCGUCAAGUAGUUCCGCGCCUCCUCUCCUCUCACUUGGCUCCUCCGCUCGACAAGAAAUGGUUCUCGAGCGUCUCCCCUACAUGGCCCACAUAGCCCGUCGUCGACGCUGCUCGUUCGGUUCCAUGCGUAUCCGGGACCUAGACAAGAUCGUGUCAUUCCAGGGCAUUGGACCCCCCGCAACAGAGGAGUUGGAUGAAGACGAAGCCGUAGGAGCGGAGGAGGCUGGGGUUACUGAGAGUUGGGCUACAGAUAAACCUGUGGAGGAAGCGACGAGUCCCGGGCGAAACAAGAGAGGGCUGGGUGCGAUCCUUAAUCGGGCUGCGGCCAGUAGGGUGCAUGGUAGUGGACAGGGGCAGGAGGCAGCGGAGCUGGGUGGGAUUCAGAGCUUGGUGCUGAGUGAUGAUGAUAUUGAGGAUGAUUGAUAUGAGGGGGAGGUGGGAGCUUGAAAACAUGGCAGGCAGAGGCUUUAAUCACAAUCAAAAGUUCAAGGGUCCAUUGAGCUUGAUAAGUUGAUGGAGUGAAUUAGGGCAGGUUCAUGGUAGAAAGGGAUUUUG